AUGGGAACAACAAGGAGUGUCAGUGUAUUUACAGAGGAAGAACUGAGGGACUACAGGGACCUGACGGUUCUAACUAAAAACGAAAUUCAGCAUGUGUACGAGAGAUUCCAAGUGUUUGGUACAGAACAAAAUCCUGUCACAAGGAUGAGUAAAAUCCCACGUGAGGACCUAUAUAAACUGAAGGAAUUGAGGGUAAACCCUUUUAAAGAUCGGAUAGUGACUGUCUUUUCGUCAAGCGGGGACGGGUACAUGUGUUUUGAAGAUUUCUUGGACAUGAUGUCCGUUUUCAGUGAAAAAUCCCCCAUUCAGAUCAAAGCAGAAUAUAUGUUUAGGAUAUACGAUUUUGACGAUGACGGUUACUUGGGUAGGAAGGACAUGAAAACGAUCGUCCACAGAAUGACAGGAGAUGAGAAACUAAAUGAAGCAGAUCUAGAUCAACUGAUAGACGACAUAUACACGGAGGCGGAUGUCGAUGAUGAUGGGAGAUUAUCUUACCCCGAGUUUGAAAACAUCGUACACAACUGUCCGGACCUUGUAGGGAAAUUCAGAUUCCGUCUGUGAAUGACUACGAAAAUGAUAUUAUCAACUUUAAUUUGUGUAUGGGGUAUUUGAAAAAAAGACAAAAAUAUAAUUUCAGUGUAUUUAUUAAAAAUGUUUGAAGUGAUUGAGAUUUAUAUGUAAUAAACUAAUUUAUCAGUUACAUGUGCAUAUUAUGAGAUUACUGUUUGUAAUUUUUUUUUCUGUCCUUUUACUAGGAUAUUUUAAACAUUUAAUUUUUUUGUUUGAUUGAUUAUCAGUAUUAAAGAAAAGGAAAUACUAUGUGUUAUUAAGGAUCAAUGAUGCAAAAUAAUUUCCUUCAGAUCAAAACAGAUCAACUUUAUAAAGUUAUAGACUGUUUC